CGCUGUCCGGACUCCGGCCCCGGCUGGACUUCGCUCCCGCCUCCGCCCUCCUCCGGCACCAUGGCCGUCAGAAUUCCCUCGCUUCUCGGGGCCCGAAUCGGCUCAUCGCGGCUCCUCAGCUCCGGGAACGGCGGAGGGCUCGCCGGGCAGCGGGGAUCAGGAAACUGCCAGGUUGCCCCCCAGCUCCCGGCCUGUGACAUCGAGCCGCAGAAAUACCAGGGCCGGUCCCAGCAGGAGCUGCUCACCCUGAGGAGACGCCACCUCUCACCCUUUGCCUUCACCUAUUACCAACGUCCCCUGCUGCUUCACCACGGACAUAUGCAGUGGGUGUGGGACGCAGACGGACGCCGUUACCUGGACUUCUACGGAGGCGUCGCCACUGUCAGUGUGGGGCACUGUCACCCGAAGGUGACAGCGGCAGGCCGGGAGCAGUUGGCGCACCUGUGGCACACCACCAACAUCUACAUGCACCCUGGCACCGGACCGUACAUGGAAAGGCUCUGCUCCACCCUACCCCAUCCGCUGCAGGUGGUUUUUCUGGUGAACAGCGGUUCUGAGGCGAAUGACCUCGCCAUGCUCCUUGCCAGGCUCCACACGGGAAAUCACAGCUUCAUCACCCUCAGGGGUGGUUACCAUGGAGGCACACAGGCCAUCAACGGCCUCAAUUCCAUCAGCAGCUGGAAGUUCAAUGCAGCCGCUCCCUUCGGCUGUCACCCGGUCAUGUGCCCUGAUGUUUACCGUGGUCUGUGGGGAGGGAGCAAAUGCCGUGAUUCUCCUGUUCAAACAACUCGGAGCUGUGACUGUCACUCGGACACAGGCGAGUGCCAGGCCAGGGAGGCCUACCUGUCCGAGUUCCGGGAGCUGCUGCUGUCUGCGGUGCCCCAGCGGGUGGCCGGGUUCAUCGCUGAGCCCAUCCAGGGGGUGAGCGGUGUGGUGCAAUACCCGCGGGGCUUCCUCAGCGAGGUCGCCAACAUCAUCCGCGAGAGAGGAGGCCUCUACAUCUCUGACGAGGUGCAGACGGGCUUCGGACGCUUGGGCAGCCACUUCUGGGGCUUCCAGAGCCACGGGGUGACCCCCGACAUUGUCACCAUGGCAAAGAGCAUGGGAAAUGGCUUCCCCAUGGGGGCCGUGGUCACCACAGCAGAUAUCGCCGCCUGCAUGCGUGAAGCCCGCCACUUCAACACGUUCGGCGGGGGCCCACUGGCCUGUGCAAUCGGAUCUGCCGUGCUCCAGGUGAUCGACGAGGAGGGACUGAUGGAGAAGGCCGGGGACCGAGGCACCGAUCUGAUGCUGCAGCUGAGCGAGCUGCGGCAGGAGUUCGAGGUGGUGGGGGAUGUGCGCGGUAAGGGUCUGAUGGUUGGCCUGGAGCUGGUGCGCAGCAAGGAGAGUCGGGAACCGCUGCCACCGGCGGACGUGCACCGGAUCUGGGAGGACUGCCGGGAGAUGGGACUGCUCCUGGGCAUCGGCGGCAUCUACGGACAGACAUUCCGUAUCAAACCCCCGAUGUGCAUCUCCCAGGAGGAUGUCAACUUCGCUGUCAACGUUCUGAGGCUAGCAUUGCAGAAACACACUCUGUGCAAAUCCGGGGAGGCGUAGCCCCGCUCCCCAACCGCGGGACCAAACCACAGUACGCACACCCUUCCCCGCUUCUUUAAAGCCCUCCAGCCACAGGUCCAUGAUCUACGUGUGGGAAGGCCUCCAGUGCAACUCCUUUGUCUGAAAGAAUUCUAACAGAUUUGCCAGGAAAUCUCUCCCCUUAACGAGACUGAAAUGUCCUCAACAGUCGAACCAAAUUUUACCAACUGAAGCCAGACUAACUGGCGUCGAGCCUCCUGUCUUUUGCCUCCCUUCCUCAUUUUUGUGAUUUACCCUCCAGGGCUCCUGUGAUUCUUGAAAGAUCACUACUAGCAAUCUCUUCGGCUACCCCUUUCAGAACCCUGGGCUGUAGUCCAUUGAUCCAGUUAUUGGGUCCAAACACCACCUCCUUGACAAUGGCCGCCACACUCACUUCUGCCCCGUCCCCUGAAUUUCCGCCACAUUGCUGGUGUUUCCCACUGUCGGCCUUACUGGCCCCUCCACCAUCUCCCUGUUUCUCAUUACGACUCCUCCGUCAUCAUUUUACAAUGUUCCAAGUUCCAAACCCUACACCCCUUCCCCACUCUGUAACUCUUCUGUACCCCUACACAUCACCAUGUCUGUGUAUCCCCUCCCACUCCUAUACCCCUCCCCGUCUCCCUCUCCUAACCUCCUGCCUUUCCCUGUCUAUGUAACCUCUCCCACACCUAAAUCCCUCCCCGCCUCUGUAACCCUCUCCCUCCCCAUACCCCGUCUGUGACCCCUCCCAUUCCUAAAUCCCUCCGUCUCUGUAACCCCUCCCACUCCUAUACCCCUCCCCGUCUCCCUCUCCUAACCUCCUGCCUUUCCCUGUCUAUGUAACCUCUCCCACACCUAAAUCCCUCCCCGCCUCUGUAACCCUCUCCCUCCCCAUACCCCGUCUGUGACCCCUCCCAUUCCUAAAUCCCUCCGUCUCUGUAACCCCUCCCACUCCUAUACCCCUCCCCGUCUCCCUCUCCUAACCUCCUGCCUCUCCCUGUCUAUGUAACCUCUCCCACACCUAAAUCCCUCCCCGCCUCUGUAACCCUCUCCCUCCCCAUACCCCGUCUGUGACCCCUCCCAUUCCUAAAUCCCUCCGUCUCUGUAACCCCUCCCACUCCUAUACCCCUCCCCGUCUCCCUCUCCUAACCUCCUGCCUCUCCCUGUCUAUGUAACCUCUCCCACACCUAAAUCCCUCCCCGCCACUGUAACCCUCUCCCUCCCUAUACCCCCCAUCUGUGACCCCUCUCAUUCCUCAAUCCCUCCGUCUCUGUAACCCUCUCCCUCCCCAUACCCCGCCUGUGACCCCUCUCAUUCCUCAAUCCCUCCAUCUCUAUAACCCUCUCCCUCCCCAUGCCCCGUCUGUGACCCCUCCCAUUCCUAAAUCCCUCCGUCUCUGUAACCCCUCCCACUCCUAUACACCUCCCAGUCUCCCUCUCCUAACCUCCUGCCUCUCCUACACCCCUCCCUGUCUAUGUAACCUCUCCCACACCUAAAUCCCUCCCUGCCUCUAUAACCCUCUCACUCCCCAUACCCCGUCUGUGACCCCUCUCAUUCCUCAAUCCCUCCGUCUCUAUAACCCUCUCCCUCCCCAUCUCUGUAACCCCCUCCCUCCCUCCCCUACACCACAUCUCUGUAACCUCCCCACACCCCAUCUAUGUAACCCCUCCCACUCCUAAAUCCCUCCGUCUCUAUAACCCUCUCCCUCCCCAUACCCCGUCUGUGACCCCUCCCAUUCCUAAAUCCCUCCGUCUCUAUAACCCUCUCCCUCCCCAUACCCCGUCUGUGACCCCUCCCACUCCUAUACCCCUCCCCGUCUCCCUCUCCUAACCUCCUGCCUCUCCCUGUCUAUGUAACCUCUCCCACACCUAAAUCCCUCCCCGCCACUGUAACCCUCUCCCUCCCUAUACCCCCCGUCUGUGACCCCUCUCAUUCCUCAAUCCCUCCGUCUCUGUAACCCUCUCCCUCCCCAUACCCCGUCUGUGACCCCUCUCAUUCCUCAAUCCCUCCGUCUCUAUAACCCUCUCCCUCCCCAUACCCCGUCUGUGACCCCUCUCAUUCCUCAAUCCCUCCAUCUCUAUAACCCUCUCCCUCCCCAUGCCCCGUCUGUGACCCCUCCCAUUCCUAAAUCCCUCCGUCUCUGUAACCCCUCCCACUCCUAUACACCUCCCAGUCUCCCUCUCCUAACCUCCUGCCUCUCCUACACCCCUCCCUGUCUAUGUAACCUCUCCCACACCUAAUUCCCUCCCUGCCUCUAUAACCCUCUCCCUCCCCAUACCCCGUCUGUGACCCCUCUCAUUCCUCAAUCCCUCCGUCUCUAUAACCCUCUCCCUCCCCAUACCCCGUCUGUGACCCCUCAUUCCUAAACCCCUCCCCAUCUCUGUAACCCCCUCCCUCCCUCCCCUACACCACAUCUCUGUAACCUCCCUACACCCCAUCUAUGUAACCCCUCCCACUCCUAAAUCCCUCCCUCUAUAACCCUCUCCCUCCCCAUACCCCGUCUGUGACCCCUCCCAUUCCUAAAUCCCUCCGUCUCUAUAACCCUCUCCCUCCCCAUACCCCGUCUGUGACCCCUCCCAUUCCUAAACCCCUCCCCAUCUCUGUAACCCCUCCCACUCCUAAAUCCCUCUGUCUCUCCUACACCCCUCCUUGUCUCUGUAACCCCUCCCACUCUUAUACUCCACUGUGUGUCUGUCACCCGUCCCUCCCCUAUGCCCCUCCUGGUCCCUGUGACCCUACUCCCCUACACCCCUCCCCGUCUCCGUAACCCCCUCUCCCCAUCCCUUUGACCCUUCUCAUCCCCUACACCCCUCCCCGUCUCCGUAACCCCCUCUCCCCAUCCCUUUGACCCUUCUCAUCCCCUACACCCCUCCCCGUCUCCGUAACCCCACCUCUCCCUGUCCUUUUGACUCCUCAUCCCCUACACCCCUCCCCGUCUCCGUAACCCCACCUCUCCCUGUCCUUUUGACUCCUCAUCCCCUACACCCCUCCCCGUCUCCGUAACCCCACCUCUCCCUGUCCUUUUGACUCCUCAUCCCCUACACCCCUCCCCGUCUCCGUAACCCCCUCUCCCCAUCCCUUUGACCCUUCUCAUCCCCUACACCCCUCCCCGUCUCCGUAACCCCCUCUCCCUGUCCUUUUGACUCCUCAUCCCCUACACCCCUCCCCGUCUCCGUAACCCCCUCUCCCCAUCCCUUUGACCCUUCUCAUCCCCUACACCCCUCCCCGUCUCCGUAACCCCACCUCUCCCUGUCCUUUUGACUCCUCAUCCCCUACACCCCUCCCCGUCUCCGUAACCCCACCUCUCCCUGUCCUUUUGACUCCUCAUCCCCUACACCCCUCCCCGUCUCCGUAACCCCACCUCUCCCUGUCCUUUUGACUCCUCAUCCCCUACACCCCUCCCCGUCUCCGUAACCCCCUCUCCCCAUCCCUUUGACCCUUCUCAUCCCCUACACCCCUCCCCGUCUCCGUAACCCCCUCUCCCUGUCCUUUUGACUCCUCAUCCCCUACACCCCUCCCCGUCUCCGUAACCCCCUCUCCCCAUCCCUUUGACCCUUCUCAUCCCCUACACCACUCCCCAUCUCUGAGCCCCUCCACUCCUCUUUAUGCCACCCCGUCCAUUAGCCCAUUCCUCUCCAACACCCCUUCCCAUUUCAGUAACCCCCACCCAUUUCUGUGCUCCCCUGCACCCCACCCCAUCUCUGUGGUCUCACCCACCCCAUCUCUGUGCUCCCCUGCACCCCUCCCCAUCUCUGUGGUCUCACCCACCCCAUCUCUGUGCUCCCCUGCACCCCACCCCAUCUCUGUGGUCUCACCCACCCCAUCUCUGUGCUCCCCUGCACCCCUCCCCAUCUCUGUGGUCUCACCCUCUCCACCCAUGUGACCUCCUCUGUCUCUGUACUCACUCUUCUCAUUUCUAUAACCUCACCCCUCCUCAUCUCCGUUAUCCCUGUCUCUCCUACACCCCUCUCCAUCUCUGUGCCCCUCCUCACUCUCCUGCACCCCACCCCUACCUUCCCUGUGAUCCCUUCUCUCCCCCACACCCCUCCCCAUCAAUGUGAACCCUCAGCUGCUGGGUCCUGCGCUGUGAUGCUCCCCUGUUCACCCUGCGCCAACAGAACCCCACCCGUCACACGUUCAGCACUAUAAAUGGAGCAAACUGUGUCUGUCGAUUCGCCUGGACAUAAGUUCUGGCUGUGGUGUGUCUGCUUUUAGUCAGAGUUCAACAUGGACACCACAAUGUGUGUGGGGGGGGGUGUUACUGAGGGAGGGUCAGUCUAUGGGGGGAUGUUACUGAGGGAGGGUCAGUCUAUGGGGGGUGUUACUGAGGGAGGGUCAGUCUAUGGGGGGUGUUACUGAGGGAGGGUCAGUCUAUGGGGGGAUGUUACUGAGGGAGGGUCAGUCUAUGGAGGUGUUACUGAGGGAGGGUCAGUCUAUGGAGGGGUUACUGAGGGCGGGUCAGUCUAUGGAGGUGUUACUGAGGGAGGGUCAGUCUAUGAGGGGGUGUUACUGAGGGAGUUUCAGUCUAUGAGGGGUGUUACUGAAGGAGGAUGAGUCUUUGAGGGGGGUUCACACUGUGGGGGGGAGGUACUGAGGGAGGGUCACUCUCUCCACCUCUGAUCCCUGUACGGGGAUUGGUAUAGAACCAUAGAACACUAUAGCACCGUACAGGCCCUUCAGCCCUCCAUGUUGUGCCAACCCAUAUAAUCCUUAAGUACUAAACCCACACUACACUAUAACCCUCUAUUUUUCUUUCAUCCAUGUGCCUGUCCAAGAGGCUCUUAAAUACCCCUAAUGUUUUAGCCUCCACCACCAUCCCUGACAAGUCAUUCCAGGCACUCACAACCCUCUGUGUAAAAAAACUUACCCCUGAUGUCUCCCUUAAACUUUCCUCCCUUAAUUUUGUACAUAUGCUCUCUGGUGUUUGCUAUUGGUGCCCUGGGAAACAAGUACUGACUAUCCACCCUAUCUAUGCCUCUCAUAAUCUUGUAGACCUCUAUCAAGUCCCCUCUCGUUCUUUUAUGCUCCAAAGAGAAAAGUCCCAGCUCUGCUAACCUUGCUUCAUAUGACUUAUUCUCCAAUCCAGACAACAUCCUGAUAAAUCUCUGCACCCUCUCCAUAGCUUCCACAUCCUUCCUAUAAUGAGGUGACCAGAAUUGAACACAAUACUCUUGUGGUCUCUCCAGAGAUUUGUAAAGUUGCAACAUGAUCUCUCUACUCUUGAACUCAAUCCCCCUGUUAAUGAAGCCUAGCAACCCAUAGAUCUUCUUAACCACCCUAUCAACCUGUGCAGCGACCUUGAGGGAUGUAUGGAUUUGAACCCCAAGGUUCCUUUGUUCAUCCAACUCUUAAGUAACUGACCAUUAAUCCUGUACUCAGUCUUCUGGUUUGUCCUUCCAAAAUGCAUCACCUCACACUUGUCUGGAUUGAGCUCCACCUGCCAUUUUUCUGCCCAACUCUGCAGCCUGUCUAUAUCCUCUUGUAUCCUUCGACAAUCUACAGUUCCAUCCACAACUCCUCCAAUCUUUGUGUCAUCUGCAAACUUACUCACCCACCCUUCCACUUCUACAUCCAGGUUAUUUAUAAAAAUCACAAAUAGAAGGAGCCCCAGGACAGAUCCCUGUGGCACUCCACUAGUCACCGACCUCCAGGCAGAAUACUUUCCUUCCACAACUACCCUCUGCUUUCUUCCUUUAAGCCAAUUUUUUAUCCAAACAGCCAAGGUUCCACUUAUCCCAUGCCUCAUGACUUUCCGGAUGAGUCUCUCAUGAGGGACCUUGUCAAAUGCCUUGCUAAAGUCCAUGUAGACCACAUCCACUGCCCUACCCUCAUCAAUUUCUUUUGUUACCCCUUCAAAAAGCUCAAUCAGUCUCGUGAGGCACAAUUUUCUCUUCACAAAGCCAUGUUGACUAUCAAUGAGUAGACCGUACUUCUCCAAAUGCUCGUAGAUCCUAUCCUUAAGAAUCCUUUCCUGUAGUUUGCAGACCACUGAUGUCAGACUCAUCGGUCUACAGUUCCCAGGUUUCUCCCUAUUACCUUUUUCAAACAAGGGAACUUCAUUUGCCAUUCUCCAGUCCUCCGGCACUUUCCCUGCAGCCAAAAGGAUUCAAAGGUCAUGGCUAAUGCUCCAGCAAUCUCUUCUCUCAAUUCCAACAACCUGGAGUGUAUCAUAUCCGGCCCUGGGGAGUUAUUAAUCUUGAUGUUUUUCAGAAGAUCCGGCACUACUUCUUCCUUAAUCUCCACAUUGUCCAGCACACAGGCCUGCUCUAUUUCGACCUCACCCUGAUCAAGAUCCUUUUCACUUGCGAAUACUAAAGCAAAGUAUUCAUUUAGGACCUCCCCAACCUCUCCGCCUCCAGGCACAUGUUGCCUUCUUUAUCCUUUAGUGGUCCCACCUUCGUUCUCGUCAUCACGUGCCCUUUCUGAAGUCUGCAGUCAGCUGUUUUGUCAUACUGACAUUGAGUGCAAGAUUGUUGCUGUGGCACCAUUCCACUAGUUGGCAUAUCUCAUUCCUGUAUGCCCUCUCGUCACCACCUGAGAUUCUACCAACAAUGUUUGUAUCAUCAGCAAAUUUAUAGAUGGUAUUUGAGCUAUGCCUGGCCACACAGUCAUUGGGUAUGGAGAGUAGCACAGUGUGCUGAGCACACACCCCAGUGUUGAUCAUCAGUGAAGAGAUGUUAUCACCAACAGGUUUGCCUGACAAAUCUGUUGGAAUUAUUUGAGGAAAUAACAAGCAGGAUAGACAAAGGAGAAGUGGUAGAUGUUGUGUACUUGGAUUUUCAGAAGGCCUCUGACAAGGUGCCACUCGUGUUACAGGAAAGAUAUUAGCAUGGAUAGAGCAUUGGCUGGUUGGCAGGAGGCAAAGGAAGCCUUUUCUGGUUGGCUGCUGAUGACUAGAGGUGUUCCACGGAGGUCAGUGUUGGGACUGUUCUUUUUACAUUAUUUGGAUGAAGGAAUUGAUGGCUUUGUGGCUAAUACAAAGAUAGAUGGAGGGCCUGAUAGUUUUGAGGCAGCAGAGAGGCUACAUGCUUGAGCGAUUUUAGGUCAUUUACAUUUAGCAAAUGGCUCUGGCUACCAGUCUUCUGUUCCUUGAAAACGUAUUGUUGAUUUAAUUUGGAUCAAUGUAUUCCUAAAAGCCAUGAAUCCCGGUCCACAGACGCUGCUGGCAUCUGUGGGAUGGAUGUGAAUCAGAAAGUGUGAAGUUUGUAAGUAGCUUCAAAGGAAAGCAUUGUCUAUACUUUGUAGAUAUGGAAUUGUCCUUUGUGUUUUGCAAAUGACUAUCGAGCCCCACAUUCGGCCAGGAGACCUUUCCACUGAAAGCAUCUGUAUGAUGCCUGCUUUACCUUGUUUUGUUGAAUAAAGAAGCUGCUCUGUAUCUA